AUACUGACAGUAGAUAACAAGAGGUUGACCACAAAACAGAAACCACAAAAAUAGUAUAAACUCUAUUAUCAGUAUGCAAUCGAGCUAAGUUUUGCAUAUAAAUGCAUCAGCUCUAAUUGACUGACAGUCAUUCUUCCUAAUACGUCUGAUAUCACCAUUGCUGCUCGAUGAUGAUUAGAGGGAAAUUUGUGUUCGUUCUAUAUGUGCUCCAAGUGUUCUGUUGUAAUGAAUCGCUACAAUCAUCGGAAGUGGCCAAUGAAACAGUAACCGCUGGUUGUGCAGUCACUAAAGAGGGCAGCUUCGGAUACGAAUUGCUUCUAACAAAACUAGAAGAUCUAGAGAGUAAGUUCUGGAACAUGUGGAUCGAAAUGAAGGAACAAAACGAACAGCUUAUGCGCAAUCACAGCCGUCUUGAGGAGACUCAUCAGGGUGUGAUAUGGAUGCUGACGAGAUUUGAGCAAGACGUGGGUCACAAUCUAUCGACCGUAAUGGGCCGUUCGUGGGAGAUUUUGCAGCAGCAGUUGAGUUGUUCCAAUCAUGAGAACUGGAAGCAAUCAAUGUUGUCUAUGGCUGCUGACAAAAGUUUGCUGAAUUGUUUGAAGCGGAUCCCCACUGUUCCAAAACCGUACAAGUCAUGCGCGGAAGCUCCAGCGGAGGUUUCCGGGAAGUACCUCAUCCAUCCAUCUGGCUUCGAUAAAUCGUUUGAAGCGUACUGUGAACAAGACUUUAAUGAAGGAGGAUGGCUUGUUAUUCAGUAUCGGUUUGAUGGAUCAGUCGACUUCAACCGAAACUGGACUGAGUAUAAGAAUGGAUUCGGGAGUCCCGAUGGAGAAAUGUGGAUCGGCUUGGAAACAUUGCACCGUUUGACGAAGGCAGGACGCUAUAAAUUGAUGGUGCAGUUGAGAGACUUUGAUGAUAAAUACUAUUAUGCACAGUAUGAUGAAUUCGGAAUUGGAAGCGAGAAUGAAAGUUAUGCAUUAAGGAAAUUGGGAACCUACAGUGGGUCUGCAGGGGAUUCGCUGGAUUAUCAUAGAAACAUGAAAUUUUCUACUCUGGACAGGGAUAAUGAUGCCCAUUCAAAAAGCUGUGCUCAGAAAUUCAAGGGUGCAUGGUGGUUCAACGACUGUUAUUACAGCAAUCUUAACGCAAUAUAUAAAGAUGGAACGGGUGAAACGUAUAUGAAUUGGUAUCAUAUUAAACAAUCACACAUUGGAUUGAAAUACUCUCGAAUGAUGAUACGUCAAAUGUGAUAAAUUUUGAAAAUAAAUCAAUUCUGGCAUGAUUUUUUUUUCAAUUGGUCGGCAUUCUGCCAAACCGGACCAAGCGGAUUUUGACUGACGUGUAAUAUCUUUUCCUGUUCGUAAAUUAAAAACGAAAACCAUUUCAGCGCAUCGCAUUGUUUCAAUCCAUUUAACAUUACGAUCGAAUCGGAUGACUCACCCUGACGCUCAAUUUGGAUCCAACCAGCGUCGCACGAUCCAGCCUAAUAGGCUUUGCCGGAAAGCCAUGUUCUAGCAUUAUAUGCCACAGUUCGUAUCGUUCCAGUGAGUC